AUUGCUAAAAGAAGAGCGCACUGAAGUGCAGGGUAAAAGCACGCCGCGGAUCUUAGACGCAGCGUUUUACUUCGCAAACCCGCCGCCGCGAACCAUAGCCAAGAUGCUUCGCGCCGCCGCCCUGCGCCGGGGCCUCAGCACCUCCCAAGGCAAGCGAGUGGUGGUCGUCGACGGCGCGAGGAUCCCGUUUGCGAUGGCCGGCACGAAGUACAAGGACCAGAUGGCCGUCGACCUCAUGCGCUACGCUUUAAGGGGUUUACUCACGAAAACAGCACUACCCGUAACCGAAGUGGACUACGUUUUGUGCGGCACCGUAGUACAGGAACCAAGAACGUCAAAUAUCGCGAGGGAAGCGGCGAUGCACGCCGGCUUACCACACGAUAUCCCGGCCCACACGGUUUCUUUGGCCUGCGUGAGCGCGAACGCGGCGAUCUGUCAGGGGGCCGAGAAGAUACUGGCAGGUGCGAUCUCGGCGUCCCGCGGUGCCUUCACGCCAUCGACGCGACUCGUGUCCAUCAGAUCUGACAGAAAUGCUCCGCGCAGGCCAGGCGGACGUCGUCAUCGCGGGCGGUUGUGAAACUUUUAGUGAUGUGCCCAUUCGCUAUUCCAGACCUAUUAGAAAAAGGUUGCUCGGUGCGGCCAAGGCCAUGAAGAAGGGUCCCAUGGGGGCACUGUCACUGUUAAAGGGCCUGAAGCUCAAGGAUCUCGCGCCCGAAGCGCCCUCGAUCAAGAACUUCACGACGGACGAAGUCAUGGGCCACUCGUCGGAUCGCCUGGCGACGAAGUUUGGGGUAACGAGAGAAGAGCAAGAUAAGUUCACUCUUAGAUCCCACCAGAACGCGCAGAAGGCUCAUGAUGACGGUGUCUAUGCGGAGGAGUUAGUACCAGGCGUCGAGGGCGACGCCGACUUGCACGAGAACGGCAUCAAGGCCCAAAGCACGCCGGAGCAGCUCGCCAAACUCAAACCCGCGUUCGUGAAGAACGGGGCCGGCACGCACACCGCUGCCAAUAGCUCCUUCUUAACUGAUGGAGCCGCUGCUACGUUGAUCAUGUCCGAGAGCAAAGCCCUCGAGCUGGGCUACGCACCGAAAGCCUACCUCAACAACUGGACCUUUGCUGCUGUUGACCCGUUCGAGGAGAUGUUGUUAGGUCCUACGUAUGCUACUGCGAAAGUAUUGGACAUGGCCGGUGUGUCCUUGGAUGACAUCGACGUCGUCGAGUUCCACGAGGCGUUCGCCGGUCAAGUUCUCGCGAACUUCAACGCCAUGUCCUCGGAUGAGUUUGGGCGGGAGAAACUUGGAAGGCAGGGCGCCGUGGGGACGAUGAACAUGGAUAAGGUGAACCCGCACGGCGGGUCGCUGUCCUUGGGCCACCCGUUCGGGGCCACGGGGGCGCGCCUGGUGACGACGGCGGCGAAUCGCCUGCAGCGCGAGGGCGGGAAAUUGGCUUUGGUGGCGGCCUGCGCCGACGGCGGCGUGGGGCACGCGUGCGUGCUGGAGCGGUACCCGCAGUAAGUUGUACAGUACGUUUGCUCCUCGACGGCGUGUUACGGUGCCAGGACUAGUGGGCGGCGCCCCUGCCCGGCUGGGGGG